AGUUUAUUCAGGCUAUAGGAUUUGCAAGUAGUUAUCGUAGCCCACCAACACAUUCUACGGUAGUAUAUUAUUGGAUGGUUAUAGUAGUGACAGUUGUAUUCCUUGGUCACCUUUUAAUACGAUUCCAGCCACGUUGGCGAUAUGGCCCGUACAAAGAUGAAAUAUUGUUAGAUGGGCAACCUUCUUCUUCUAUACAAAUGAGCUCUAUAAGUCAACAGCAACAAGUUUCCCAACCUCAAAGAUCCCCUUCAUACAAGAUGCAGAAAGGUGUACUCAAAGAUGGUCAACCAGUAUUACUCUUUCAUAGUAACGGUGAUAAACGAAAUAGUAAAAGGUUGAGCUUGUAUAAUCAUAAACGAAGUAGUUCGGUUCCAAAUUUGUUGAAGGACUCUGAAUCUGCAAAAAGUGCAAAAAGCAUUGAGAGUUAUUUGAGUCAUGAACUUGUUUAA